AUGCUUAAAGCCAGUCGCAGCUGAACAUCGAACACUUGCACAAGACACAUCUAACUCUCUGAACAAAAUACAAUUUUGUGAAAAUUUAACAGAAUAACAAGCCCGUUAUUACUAAUCCGAAAACCUUUCUGUGUUCUGUAUCAUUUACAAACGUUCGUCGGUGCAACUAGUCAAAUUAAAAAUAAUAUUUUCUGUUUUUCAACAAAACCUUUUUAACAUGAGCCAAAACAAGAGAACUGGGAAGGUGGCUGAAAAUGAAGAUCCUGCAGAGCCUGCAGUGCCAGGGCCCCAGAGAAAGAGAGCGGCCGUCAGACCGCGCCGUAAGAUGAAUUCAUCGCAGCGGAGGGGAAUCCUAUGCAACCCAGAGGUGCACGAGGAGGAGGGUGGCGAAGGGUCGGUGGAGAUUCCAAGGGAAGCCCCCGUGAAAAGGGGUAGGAGGAAGGCCACCCCCAAGGCUGCAGGUUCGCACCCCCUGGAUGAGCAGUUCCGAGAACUAUUCGGCUGGAACUUCGAGCGGGUGCAAACAAUGCUGUCUAAGGCCGGGCUGAAGAUGGGGCCCAAGGCUAGAGGCAAGCCCCGACCCAAGUCCCAAGGCAAGGCGGUGCCCAGGGCGGUGCCCAGAGCUGGGGCCAAGCGAACGCCAAGGGGAUCGGCCAAGCGAGCAGCCCAGGCAGCCGCGGAGGAUGAGCCAAAGCCCAAGAGGGCCACCCGAGCUACAAUCAUUUAGCGCAAAUACAAGUAAAGGUCAAGCCUAAGCACUCCCCAAAAUUAUCAGUUGUAAGUAGGUCUUGGCUCAGAUUUACAGAAUUGAUGCUUGUAUCGUCACGAAUCCCUGGACAUUCCCAGAAGCAGUUGCCCAGCGGAAGCAUCCCUGCAAGCCCAAAAUUCUUAUCGCCCGUUGGCACAAUUAAUUAUAUAUUUUACGGCCCCCCUGAUCAUUAACACUAAUUGGAAUUCAAAACACCAGCUACCGGGCUCGACCUCUGAACCCGGGAAAUCGGCAUGGGCGUCACGUACGACCUGGACAAGUGUAAAACGUGAUGGACUGGAUCGGCGGUGGGCCACUACUGUGUCGCAUCGGUAUCGUAAGCGUGAAAUCUGUCAGAUACGAGAGUACCAAAGAUCAGAAUCUAUUGUCAUCACAUUAAUUUGACUUUUUAUGGAGGUUCCUUGUUGUUUUCUCCCUUUGGGCCACGUCGCCUGCCCCGGAAAGCGGAAAUUGUCAGAGAGAGAGAGAUUGCCUUUCGCCGGCCAGAGGUAAAUGAAAGCGAAGUGAAACCGCUGGCCAGGCAGUUAAAGAUGAAUCCGUAAGAUGCUUUCGGGCCCGCCGAAGUGCCCUUCGCACGAUCACACCUAAUAACGGUAAUUUACACACACGCUACUUGCGAUAAUUGCGACGCCAAAUGCGCUGACAAGCACACAGGAUACGACUCCUCGGACCUCCGGUCCGCUGCCCCAAAGGCCAAGGGCGGAGGCACCAUGACCAAAGCCCAGCCGAAUCCGUAGUCAAAGUCAAGCCGCGCAUCCCGAUGAGCUGAGUGAGAUAACAGCCGGGCUAAAUCAGCAGCAAAGCGGCAGAAGCUUCGGUUAUUAAAAACGACAGUCGCAAUCGGACCUUCUCGGACCCAGCGGACGUACACUGGGAGGAAAAUAGUGGUCCAGUCUCGAAGCUACAAAUCGACGGCACAACCUUGUGCAGCACGGAUGGGUUUUGGAAAUGGUUUAAAAAUGAAUGGGCACUACAAGAUACGCGAAUUCUUGAGCAUCCCAAAAAUUCAAAUGUAGACUAAUGAUCCUUCAAAUGACCCAGUAUUAUUUUUAUUCAGAAUGGAACUAUAAACAUACUGCUCUAGCUACUAUUAUUGGUACUAUAUCUCCUUUCAUGCGGAAUAGAACACUACCCUAGAGAAACGCGAAUUCUUGAGCAUCCUAAAAUUUAUUUGUAGACUGAUUCGUACAAUUUUGGCCACUUUAUAUUAUAUUGCUUGUAUAAUUGUAUUACUAUUUGAUGUAGUUAUUGGUAUCUUGUAAAAAUAUAUAUUAUUAAACAUUAUAUACAACAUUUU